GAGAGAAUCAUUACAAUAGAACGCGCCGCUGUACGCAGACAUAUUUAUUUUAUUAGGUUUUUUAUAUUAUUGUAGUAUUUUCAGCAUACAAAACGAGAGACAAACUAUAUACACGGAAAUAGGGCGAACAUUUUAAAUUGCCAUACAAAUUAAGUAACAUUUAAAGAACAGUGUGCUAAUAUUAAAUAGAAGUAGUUAGUUUAUUUAAUUGGGCGAUAGUUCCGAAAAAUUGAAAAGCAAAAGUGAACAGAAAGAGAGAGAGUGAGAGAGAGAGAGAGAGAGAGAGUGUGUGCAAGAAAACGAACGACCGACAGAAAAAAGAAGAAGAAGAAAUACGGCAACGAUUUGACAUAUUAAAAGUAGAAGAGAAUAGAGAAAAAACAUACGCUCACAAAGGAGAGUGCCUAUCCGAUUUAAACAUUUUUUGUGUGGUCAAUCGGUUUGAAAUAAACGCUACAAACACGGCAGGAAAAAAACACAUCAAGUCAGAGAAAACAGAACGGCGAAAAACCGAAGAUUCUGACAACAUGGCCGAGUACGAGGGAAACGGUGAUUUUAAUUAUAGUGGCGAUGGAUCAAGUGAUUUUAAGAGGCGUGACAACAAUGCGACCACAUCGAAUAAAUCGGAUGAUGAGGCGGAAGAGAAUGUCCAAUUGCCCGAAAAAGUCAAUGAAUACAUUCGUGAAUUACUCAAUGAAAAGAUGAGUAUGGACCAUAAAUAUCCACAUGCUGAAAAACUACUCGAAGCUGAAAUUGCGAAGGUCCAACAAAGCGGUCGGAUUCCACAACGUGAUCAAAAGUAUGUAGAUAUUUACCGCGAAAAGCAGAUUCGAGUCACUGUUAAGGUUCUAGUACCGGUGAAGGAACAUCCUAAAUUCAAUUUUGUUGGCAAGUUACUUGGUCCAAAAGGUAAUUCAAUGAAAAGACUGCAAGAAGAGACAAUGUGUAAAAUGGCUGUAUUGGGUCGAGGAUCGAUGAAGGAUCGCAAAAAGGAGGAAGAUUUACGGGCUGCCUUAGAUCCAAAAUAUGCUCAUUUGAAUGAUGAUUUACAUGUAGAGAUUUCCGCAUUGGCACCACCAGCCGAAGCGCAUGCACGGGUUGCAUACGCAUUGGCCGAAGUGCGAAAAUAUUUAAUACCCGAUAGCAAUGAUGUCAUUCGUCAAGAGCAAUUGCGUGAAUUAAUUGCCGAUGGAACAAUUCCAUCAGAUGCCGAUGAUCCAGCUAAAUAUAAACCACGUGUACCACAUAUAGCUCGUAACGCAUAUCCAAGCAGCAGAGUUUCAGCAACGACACGUUCACCAGUACCGGCUGGUUCAUCGCGUACCGUAAUGCCCGCCAAACAGAAAAUUUUAUCAAUAUUGGAUCGGGCCCGAACCGCUAUGGAAGAAACGUAUCCAACUUAUGAAGAUACAAUUUAUGAGGGUGCGCCGGCCGGUCACUAUGAUAAUUAUUCAUAUGGUCAACAUGCACACACAUCAGCACCGCGAACGGCACGCUACGAAACGCAUGCGGCCGACUACGAUGCUGAAUAUCGACGGGAAUACUAUCGUGAACCACCAGCUUAUGCAGCCCAUCGUUCAGCGUGGAAAUCCAGUAGCUAUCACGGUAAUGGUAGCUAUUCAUCAUCCGGUCGUCAUGAGCACGAGCAUGUGUCAUCGUCGUCAGCAAAGGCAGCCAUACACAGUUCACAUUCGCGUGAAAGUCGCUACAGAAAUUCACCAUACACGCGACCGAAAAACUAAAACCCACACUCAAAACGAAAUACCAUAAACAAAAAUUUAACAAACAAAAUGAAAUCAUUAUCAACUCUACUUUACUCUCACGCUCAUUGAUUUGAUAUCGAUGCAAGGAUUCGCUGUGAACACAUAUUCGAUAUCAAAACAAAGUAUAAAGUGAGAGUGACAACAAUACCUAAAGAGAAUAAUCAAUAGAAACCGGACAAAGCAGGAUAAAUCAAAAACUGCAUAGUCUCGGUAUAGCAAAACAACUAAACAAAAAAUUGUUAUCUAAAAAAACUACCUGCUGAGAACUGAAAACUGAGUCUGUUCUCUUUUGCCGAUGGAUUCGCACAAAUGCAGUUUAUUAGUUGAUUCUAAUAAAAACAAAUAUAAAUUGAUUAUUAUCUUUUAACUAUUUUGAUUUUUUUUUUUUAUUUUUUUUUUUCGUUUUCAUCUUCAUCUUUUCUCUCUGCAUAAUAACAUAAAAAAGCGAGUUGAAUUGUAUGGAAAAUUAUAAAAUAAAGUUUAACAACAAAGGGAAAAAGAAAUCAACAAAUAAAUAAUCUGAAACGAUUUUUUUUAAUGAAUGAAUAACCAAAUAAAAUGGUGGCUAUCUAUAUAAAUGGAAUUAAAUACGAGUCAGUUGAUAAAAUUCAUGUAAAAAAAAAAAUGUUUGAUUGUAAGUUGAAGAUUUGAAAUAAAAUUGCAACAAAUAAAAAUACCUAAUGUUAAAAAUAAACAACAUCAAAUUCUGAAGAUGCUGAAAACCUUGCCGAUCACGGCGAACUUCAGAUUCAGACCAACCAACGAAGGAACAGAAUAAAAAAAACUCAACACAUUUAACAACAACUUAAACAAAGCUGAAAUCUAAAAAAAAGAAGAAACAAAAAAAUUCCUUGGAAAACAAAAUUAAAUAACUAAUAUCCUUGUUGUGAAAUAAGUGCUUAUUUAUUCAUAAUAAUAAUAAUUAUAACUACAAUAUUUUCCAUUAUAAUCCAUAGUUUUGAUGUAAAACACGAGAAUAAUCAAUUUUAUUAUCAAUAAAUAAUAAAAUACAGUUUUAAAAAAAUGGACAAAUUACAAUUAAAUGUAAAAAAAAUUACAAUAAAAUGUGAAACAAAAAAAUCUAAUGGUUAAAUAUGUAAUUUGGCCCUUUGGAUCGAUUCCAAAUUUGUCCCACCUCAAAAAAGAGGACUCUCUAUAUUUUUCAGUUUAAAUCUAUAAAAAAAAACUAUUCUCUCCGAAUCCGAUUCAAUUCAAUUCAAUGAUUGGUGUAUUAAAAAUGUGGAAUUUUCAAUGGGAAUCGUCUCUAAGGGCCUGCUUAGACUUAAGGAGACAGUAAACCACAUAAACCAACAACACCAACAAUAUUUUGCGAAAUUGCCAAUAAAAAAAAUAUGUUCGACAAUUUCGCCUUAUAUUCUAGUCAUCGCUUUUUGUAGGAACAUCCAUCAUUCGCCAAAUUCGUAAAGUGCAAAACAAAACAAAACAAAAGAACAAUUCAUUUAAAUGUUUUUUUUUUUGUAUGUAUUUAGAUUCGAAUGAAUGAUGAUUCGAUGUGCAAGCAAAAGAAAACUAAUAUAAAUUUAAACACAUACAGAUACAUAAAGCUCCAAAGCAAAUCAUAAACAAAUAAUUCAAAUAAAACAAAAAAAUAUUAGAAAUCAGACAAAUUUAUGUAUGCAGAACGAAAUACAAAAUGUCAUAUAAAAAUGAAACAAUUACUUGAUUUAAACUAUAUCUGAAGAUAAUUUUUAAAUUAAAAUAAAGCGCCACUCGUCAACCAUAAUAAUCAAAAAACAACACAGCAAACAAAAAUGAUGAUGAAUAACCAAACCGUAAUAACUAUAAUAACCUACUUAAAAAAAUUGUAUUUGUGUGAACGAAAGGCAACCAAUAUAAUGAAUAUAUAUUCAAUAAUAAAA